AUGGCCGACAGCGACGGCCAGCGCCUGCGCAACGCCGUGGGCUACAGCUCGUCGCCGUCCCCCGGCCCAGCAACGCCCCCGCGCAUGACACUGCCCGCGCCGUCCUCGUCGCCCGAGGUGCCUCUAGCCGACAUCCCUCUGUGCAAACUGCGAGCGCGCGCCGCCCCGCCCGCCGACCCGACUGACACAUCCCCAGCGAAGCGCAAAGCGGCCACCGAGGCCAGCGGCGGCUCUCCCAAGCGCCCACGGCAGACGCCCGCCGACGAAGCCGACGACGCCCCCGCCCCGCCCGUCAAGCGCAUCGUGCCCUUCCCCGAGAAGCCCGCCGUGAUCGAGGAGCGCCAGGGCGAGAUCGAGUUCCGCGUCGUGAACAAUGACGGCCAGCGCGAGAGCACCAUCAUCCUGACCGGGCUCAAGUGCAUCUUCCAGAAGCAGCUGCCUAAGAUGCCCAAGGACUACAUCGCGCGCCUCGUCUACGACCGGACGCAUCUGAGCAUAGCCAUUGUGAAGAAGCCGCUGGAAGUCGUUGGCGGCAUCACCUACCGCCCCUUCGACAAGGGCCAGUUCGCCGAGAUUGUCUUCUGCGCCAUCUCCUCGGACCAGCAGGUCAAGGGUUACGGCGCCCACUUGAUGUCGCAUCUGAAGGACUACGUCAAGGCCACCUCCAACGUCAUGCACUUUCUGACCUACGCCGACAACUACGCCAUUGGCUACUUCAAGAAACAAGGCUUCACCAAAGAGAUCACCCUCGAGAAGCGCCGGUGGAUGGGCUACAUCAAAGACUACGAAGGCGGCACUAUCAUGCAGUGCAGCAUGGUCCCCAAGAUCCGCUACCUGGAGAGCGGCCGCAUGCUGCUCAAGCAAAAGGAAUGUGUCAACGCCAAAAUCCGCGCCGUCUCCAAGUCCUUCCAGAUCCACGCGCCCCCAUCGCAAUGGUCCAAGAACGGCGUCACAGCAAUCGACCCCCUCACCAUUCCCGCCAUAAAGUCCUCCGGCUGGUCCCCCGUCAUGGACGAGCUGGCCCGCGCGCCCCGCCACGGCCCCAACUACAACCAGCUCCUGCACCUGCUCAACGACAUGCAGAACAACUCCAACGCCUGGCCGUUCCAGCAGCCCGUCAGCAAAGACGACGUGCUCGACUACUACGACGUCAUCAAGGAGCCCAUGGACCUCGCCACCAUGGAGGAGAAGCACGAAAAGGAUCUCUACCCGACCCCCGAGGACUUCAUCCGCGACGCGAAGCUCAUCUUUGACAACUGCAGGAAGUACAACAACGAGUCGACGCCGUACGCCAAGGCAGCGGGCCGGCUGGAGCGCUUCAUGUGGCAGCAGAUUAGGAAUAUCCCCGAGUGGUCGCAUCUCGAGAGCGAGCUCGGCGGGAAAUAG